UAGAAGUCAAAAACAUAAACCCUAAAUAUGCAGUAGCAAAGAAAAGACGAAAUGGUGUAAAACUAAAACCCCAGAGGCGGAGGAGGGCUGAAGAAGUAAAUAGGCCAUGGCUACGAGUAUGAGUACUAGUAAUAGUAGUAGGAAUGGUAAUAUGAGCAUGAACCUUUCCACCACCUCCAAACUCAGCAACCAAACCCUAAGCAAUCCAUUUCCAUCCAAAGAAUGCGGCAACUGCGGUGCCCAAGCUGCCCACUUUCUCCACCAAGUUCGUCUUCUGGGCAUCCUGCGCCGCCUCUGCACCUCCUGUGUCCUUCGCCUCCACCCCUCUUCCUUCUGCCCCGCCUGCUUCACCUUCUAUUCCGGCUCCCCUCCCCAUCCCUCCAGGCGUGUCGCCUGCUCCAACUGCUCCUCCUUCACCCACUCUCACUGCGCCGGAGACACCUUACUCUCCUCUUACCUCUGCCCGCCCUGCAAGGACUCCUCUUUCUGUUUUUUUCCUCUCAGUGACAAUAAGGUUGACAAGAAGCUCGCUCUAGCUUUGCUCUGUGCCGCCAAGAUUGCCGCCUCCUCCAUGGGGAAGGCCGUCACUGUAGCCUGGGCCGAGGCUGACAGGAAGGUAAGGGAGGCGGCGCUUGCAAGAAAGCGGGCAAGGGAGGCCCUCGAAAAUCUACUCCUUGUUACUAGCAAGGACAUGGCCAGAAAGAAGGAGCAUGAGAAUAAUGUCUCCGCGGAGUUCUCGGAUGCCUAUCUUGCCAAGGUUGAGGACUUGCACAUAGACAAGGCUGAUGGUGAUGGAGAUAUAGAUGUUGAUCUUAUGCGCCAUAUAGAAGAUAGUCUUGUUAAGGUCGAGGAUAUUGAUUCUAAACUCAAUUGAGGUUUUUUUUCCUGGAUGCUUCAAGCUUGAAACAGAGGCUGUACAUUGAAUUUGAUUUCUUUUACUAUACUUGCAUUACAUGUUCGCAGCCGAAACUUCGAUAAGCGACAACUGGUGGUUUGCAGAUGGGUUGAUGUACUGUUGACGCUGAGAGUUAUCUUUGUCACUUGCAUUGUUACCAUAUGAUU